AUGCCUUCGAAGAAGAAGCAGUCGAGGACACCAUCACGUUUAUCAAAUGGGGAACCGCCUGAGUCGCCAAGAACUCCGGCGUCUUCAACAACGGGUCGAGAUACAGAUUCUAUCAACGAAGAGGAACUCAGGCGCAGUAUUGAAGAAGCUUCCGCCGCGUUUCCUUCUCUUAUCGGAAAAUAUGCAUUAAUCGGAAGAGUAGCUGAUGUUGCAUCUGAGUCUAUCAGAGGCUGUAAGAUUUGGUUAUCGGAAAAUUCGAUGGUCGCUGCUUCUCUCAGCCCUGGUUCUACUGUUUCGGUAUCAUUGGCUUCUCUAGAAGGUAGGUUUUCGAAUAGCUUCGCACUCAGCUCGAUAAAAGCUGAAUAUGGAGUUGAAUGCGAGAGUAGCACCAUUGAUGAUGAACCAGGGCACUAUUUUGUUCUUGCCACCGUUUUCUCUUCUUCAAAGGUUUUGAAAGAUGUUGUUCGUAUUUCGUCAAAUCUUUGCUAUGGGCUUGGUUGCCCUGUAUUAGGCAGGACUGUUUUUGUUUAUCCUGUUAGUGGACCUUCUUUAAGCGAUCAAUGCAACGGGAAUGUUGGAUUUCACGGUAAUGUUGUUGAUAAUCUUUCGAUGGUUGCCUGCAAAGAGUUGUGUUUGGAGUUGACUCCCUUCAAGAAUAUGUUACAAGUUAAAAAAGAUUGUCUUUCUAUUGAGAAGUUUUCACUUGAAAGUUCUCACGAGCAGAAUGGAAAUGGGCAUUCAACCCCUAAGACACCAUCAAACUUGCAAAAGCUUAGUUCUCAUCGCCCCAAUUCUCCUUCUUCUCGAGGCAUAGAAGAUUCUUUUUUCAGUGCCAAGCAGCGAUUCUCAUCUGAAAGUUCGAUUGAUCUACGAGAGGUUUUGAGCAAUGAAAGUUCAAAGAAACUUUUGCAGAUUUGUGCAACUUCAUGGCUAUACCCUUGUAGCAUGCUAUAUGGGAAUUUUGUUGCUGUGCCAAUUCUCUCAGAGAUCUGUAUGUUCUGUGUCAAAAGGGUUAAUAAAAAGCCUUCUGAUACCUCCAAUAGAAGCCAUGCAUUUAUGAUAAACCAGGAAACUAAAGUAUACCUCUAUCAUACACUGGACGUAGCAUCUGAAAUUCGAGAGAAAACAUCUGUGCAAGGUCUGCAGUUUGACGAAGACGAUGAAGGAGAAAGCGUAGGAUGUGAAAUCUCAAAGUUAGGCGGUCUCUCUAAAGAAUAUGAUAUCUUAAGGGACAUAAUUGUUCCUUCGUCCACGAAGAGUUCCCUAUCAAGUCUUGGUUUGCGACCUACAAAGGGAGUGCUUAUUCACGGACCUCCAGGCACAGGGAAGACAUCUUUGGCUCGAUCCUUUGCCCGUGAUGCUGGUGUCAACUUUUUCUCUGUGAAUGGACCUGAGAUUAUAAGCCAGUAUUUGGGCGAAAGUGAGAAAGCUCUAGAUGAGGUAUUCAGAUCUGCUAGCAAUGCUGCACCUGCUGUGGUGUUCAUUGAUGACUUGGAUGCCAUUGCUCCUGCACGAAAAGAAGGAGGCGAGGAAUUGUCUCAGAGGAUGGUAGCUACAUUACUCAAUUUAAUGGAUGGAAUAAGUAGAAGUGAUGGCGUUGUUGUAAUUGCUGCAACCAAUAGGCCCGAUAGCAUUGAGCCUGCCCUUAGACGACCAGGAAGACUUGACAGGGAAAUUGAAAUUGGUGUACCAUCUUCUGCACAACGGUCUGAUAUACUUCGCACAAUUCUCAGUGGGAUGCAGCAUUCACUUUCAGACACCCAGCUUGAACAGCUUGCUAUGGCAACACAUGGUUUUGUAGGUGCAGAUCUAGCUGCACUGUGCUGUGAGGCAGCCUUUGUCUGUUUAAGGCAGCAUCUUAAUCAGAAAAGUUCCUCUAGCAAUUCAUCUCUUGAAGAAACACCUCUUGCUGCUUGUGAGUGCAGAGGUUCUGAGUCCUCAUCUGAUAGUUCGGAUUCUGCAUCAUCAUGUAUCACAGUUUCACCCUCGACUUCAAGGGCUCAGCAUUCAUUUGACAAUGGGACAGUCUCCUUAGCCGCAGAUGAUAUUAAAAACAGUGGCAGCUCUGGUUCUGUACAGAUGUUUAGCAAAGAAGAACAUACCUUAAGUGUAGGAUUUGAAGAUUUUGAAAAAGCUAAGAUCAAAAUCAGACCUAGUGCCAUGCGAGAGGUGAUAUUAGAGGUUCCUAAAGUUAACUGGGAAGAUGUUGGUGGCCAAAAAGAGGUGAAAAAUCAGCUAAUGGAAGCAGUAGAAUGGCCUCAAAAACAUCAGGACGCAUUCGAGAGAAUAGGGACAAGGCCACCAAGUGGGAUACUGAUGUUUGGUCCUCCUGGAUGUAGCAAGACCCUUAUGGCACGUGCAGUAGCUUCUGAAGCUAGGCUGAAUUUCCUUGCAGUCAAAGGUCCAGAACUAUUCAGCAAAUGGGUUGGUGAAUCUGAGAAGGCUGUGAGGUCCCUUUUUGCAAAGGCAAGAGCAAAUGCCCCCUCGAUUAUCUUUUUCGACGAGAUAGAUAGUCUUGCCUCCAUUAGGGGGAAAGAAAAUGAUGGGGUUUCAGUUUCGGACAGAGUUAUGAGUCAAUUACUUGUGGAGCUCGAUGGUUUGCAUCAAAGAGUUGGUGUUACUGUUAUUGCUGCUACAAAUCGGCCAGACAAGAUCGAUUCUGCCCUUCUAAGACCUGGACGCUUUGACCGCUUGCUAUAUGUUGGACCUCCUAAUGAAGCUGAUCGUGAAGCCAUACUCAAAAUCCAUUUGCGUAAAAUCCCAUGCGGCUCUGAUAUUUGUCUAAAAGAGCUCGCUUCUAUUACCAAAGGCUACACAGGAGCUGACAUAUCAUUGAUAUGCAGAGAAGCAGCUAUUGCCGCACUCGAGGAGAGUCUUGAAGCAGAAGAAAUAGGCAUGCGACAUUUAAAAGCCGCGAUUAGUCAGAUCGAACCAACAGAUAUUCGAUCUUACAAAGCACUGUCUGAAAAAUUCCAAAGACUUGUCCACACAGAUCCACAAAGAGACGACGAGGUUGCACAACCAGAUAAUAAAAGCCAAAGACCAUCAUUUUCUCUGUGGACGCCAUUGAAAUCAGUUGUGAUGUUCCUUCGCGGCCAAAUUGGUGUAUAA